GCCACUAUGCGGCCAGUACCGCGAAACGAUGCAACGGAGACGAAGGGCGAAGAGAGUUCGCGAAUAGAGGGUGCAUAGAGGGAGCGAGUUCAGUUCAGGCGCAAAGGUCCUCGGUUAAGGACGUGACGGUCCUGCUAAUCGGGACAUUAUGCCAGGCGGCGAGGGGUCCCCGAUCAAUCUCCUCGACCACCGUACAUCGACCACCUCCGGCGAGUGCGCGAACAGUGACGAAGAUGAGAGGACGACGGGCACCGCUUCCAGCACGAUGACGACCGUCCUCGCGGGCGACGGUCUUAGACGGAGGAAGGUCAUACACGCGGCCAAAGAAACCUUCGACAAGGCAUCUCGUCUACUCAGGCGGAAGAUACCAUGCACAGGCCACUUGAUGACCCCCCGCCGCCUAUGGAUACAGAAGGUUCCAACUCAAGAAUGCGAUGUCGUGAUGAUGUUUCCAAGCGGAGCAAGCGAUGAAACUCUGAUGUGGCUCCUAGGCCGUCUUCGGGCGGGAACCCCGGGCCUAGUGGUGCAUGUGCGACAUCAUACUUCGUCAGACACUUAUGGCUUUUAUUUAACAGCUCCCUUUAGUGUACUAUUGAAAGCUGCCGAAGAGGUGCAUUUACCAAAGACUUUACGUCAAGAGUUCGGUGGAGGAUUGAAAGAAUUCGUAGGUUCUGAAUCGAGCUGUUUCGAAGGCAGCGACGACGAAUCUCGAUUUUUCACUACUCAGGAAAGGCAAUCGCUAGUCCUGCACCUGCUGCAUACUCUUAGGGCGGGUCCGCAGGAUCUUCACAGUCUAUCCGGACUUAAGAUGGUGGAAGGUCAAGCAAUUAUUCCAAAAUGCCUUUCUGCUGGGAUUAUAUCCCAGGUCUUCCCUCUUCACGAAUUGCCUGCGUUGGAGAAACUGCAACGAACAUGGGUUCGCGCGUUUCUUAGCCCCCAACCCUUGGACGACAUUUGUAAAUACUUCGGAGUCAAGAUUACCAUGUACUUCGCAUGGCUCGGUCAUUACACCACCGCUCUGAUCGUUCCAGCUGCAGUGGGUGCCAUAUAUUGGGUCGGCAUCAUCGGCAGGAAUCAAGCGGUGGAAGACGUAGCGUACGUUCUAUUCUCCGUCUUCAAUGUGAUCUGGGCCACCGUUUAUCUGGAAACCUGGAAAAGAAGGGGCGCCGAAUUGGCCUACAGGUGGGGUACUUUGGAUCAAAGAGAUGACCUACUUGUCGAGCCUAGGCCCUUGUUCACGGGCACUUUGGAAACUUCAGCUGUAACAGGGAGAUUAGAGCCAACAUAUCCUAGAUGGAAGAGAAACAUGUUCCGGUACUUUGUCAGCGUUCCAAUUAUCGCAGCGUGCUUAUUCUUCGUUUUCAUUGUGAUGAUCCUCAGCUUUCAAAUACAGGAUUGGUGGGACGCUCGUCUCGAAUCGAGAGGACACGCAUUCUGGCUGAGUUAUGUGCCAAAAGUUCUACUGGCGGUAGUGAUAGCUUUAAUGGACGAAGCUUACUUCAAAGUCGCUGUAUGGUUGAACGACAUGGAAAACUAUCGGCUAGACACCGAGUACGAGAAUCAUCUGAUCUACAAGGUGGCACUGUUUCAGUUUGUAAACUCCUUCCUAUCGCUAUUUUACAUCGCCUUCUACCUACAGGAUCAAGAGAGACUUAAAGAGCAAUUAGCCGCACUGCUGAUAGCGCGUCAAGUGAUUGGCAAUUUGAAAGAGUCCGCCGUGCCGUAUCUGAUAGAGCAGCUGCGAUUGGCUAGACUGAGUUUCGAACUUUUUGGCGCGUUGAGUCCCAGCGAGGCUAGGCCGCCACCUGGCGAGGAGGAUGACGAAUUACGAAAGAAUACAGAGGAUAAAAGCGAACGUUCCGAUGGCGGGAAAUCCAAACAGCCGAGAAACGUCAGCCAGGCCGAAUUGGAGAGUUCUCUCUACAGAGUAGGACAUCCCACUAAUUCUCUACUUAGUGACGUUACGUUCAAGUACGACGGAGCAUUUUCAGAGCAUCUAGAGAUGCUGUCACAAUUGGGAUACGUCUGUCUGUUUUCUUCAGCCUUUCCACUGGCUGCCAUGGCGGCGUUACUUGGAAAUCUUCUUGAACUACGCGGCGACGCUUUCAAACUUUGCUUCGUCCUUCAAAGGCCAUUUGGUCGAAGAGUUUCUAAUAUUGGAACUUGGCAAAAUGCCAUGGAAGCAAUGGGCCUGGUCGCGAUUUUAGUCAAUUGCGCUCUGAUCGGGUUAAGCGGGCAGGUGCAACGAAUGUUCCCGGAGAUGUCAGCCACGCAAACAAUCUUGCUGAUAGUCGCCCUGGAGCACAUUAUGCUGGGAAUACGAUUCAUAAUAAUCUGCGCGAUUCCGGAUAUUCCGCAUUGGGUGGCCACGGAAAUGGCCAAGGUAGAAUUUUUGAGAAGAGAAGCAGUCAGAAGACUGUCGUCUACUCCGUCACCAGAACAACAUCCAGCCACAGUGAUAGGGAGAUUCGUGGUGAGUCCAGCAGACGGUGAGAGCGAAGAACAACAACUACUUUCCGACCGCACCGGAGAAGCAACAUCCUCCAGUCUUCCGGAUACACCGACCCUAGCGUCGUCCACCCAGACACCCAGUAGUCCCCCGACACCUAGCGCAGCAUCCGUGCCAAGGAUCUCAGAAACACCUUCCGCAGUCCAGACUCCUGGUAGCGCAGGCAGCAGUGACUUAAGCACCCAAUUCUUGACUGAAAACACUACGGGCAGCGUUCGUGAUAUUCACAAUUCACCUAGAUGCUCUAUUCCUGGUGCAGAACGAGGAAGGCGUUCAAGGGAAUGGCUUCAGACUGAGUCAGAGGCAUCGGGUGGAACUGACCACUACAGUCAUCACUUAACAAUUGGACCUCAUGGAGGUGUUGAUUGGGUUCGAAGAUUAGGUCUCGAAGCUGGUGGUCGAAAGUCCAGCGAUUCCGAGAUCAGUGGAGCUGGUACGGUUAGUGGAAGCGGAGACGAGUUGACUCUUCACAGGUCCACUGAUUGUAUCGUCUCGAAAGAUCUUGCAUCCUCAUCGGACAGUGAUCUUCUUAGAUCUGCCCCGCCAUGGACAGUGACUCACAGAAAUCAAAAGUUCCGAUUCUCCCCCGAGAGAGAAAGGGAACGAGAAAAGGCAGAGAAGCAACAGUAUCAGCAACAUCAGCGAGAGAUGCAGGAUUACAAACAGCAAUCGUCCUAUUACGCCGAGAAAGAGAAGGACUCAAGCGGUCUUUCAGACUCAAACAAAACAAUUUCAAGUCAGGAGGAGGAGAAGCCAUCGAAAGAGGACAGGGAAGCGAAGAAGACCAGGGUGAAACAGAGUCUGAUGAAGAGAGCUAGGUCUGUGGCGAUCUUCUCCUUGAAGCUGAAAGAACGGAGAGCAAGAGAGGCUGAGUUGAAAGCCAAAGUGGCGGAGAAAGAAGCCAGAUGGCAACAACCACAAUCAUGCGUCGGUGGCGAGCUCUCUUGCAUCCCCAUAGAGAAGCUUAUAUCCGUGGACGACAUCGCAGCCAUGGAAUUACGCAGACUUAAUCAUUAGUCGCUUGACGUUUCCACUUUCGUUUUACACGCUAACGUAGAAACGUUCGUCUGCGCCAGUGAUACUCGCUACGGAACGAAUGUUGUAUAUGAAUUUCGCAGAAUUUCUGAGGCCAUAUCAACAACGUAUUUAAAAAGAGAAAAGAGGUUCUGCGAAUUAAUCGAUUUAUGACCUACGUUCUUAUGUAAAUAUCAAAGGAAAACUAGUAACGCACAUAAAAGAAAGAGGAAUUUAAAUGAAGAACAAAAAUGGGGGUAAGGACACCUGUUUAUUCCUACAAUGAAUACUUUUUGUACAUUAUUUUUUGUACAUUUUUGCAAAAAUCGCUCUUCUCUGUUUACCAUUUGAAUAUGGAACUAAUAUCAAUUGAAAUUUUCAAUAUCAUUGUUGAACGAAAACUUGCUCAAUUUGAAGGAUAAUGCUACUCACUGUUUUAUCAUUCUGGACUAUAAUGUUGACAAAGAUGGCGCUGAACUACAAUGUACUCAAGCGAGCAUUUAAUGCAAAUGGUUUCAAAGCUUCGAGUAUUGACUUUAUUUAUGUUUUCCAAUAGAGAAAGCUCAUUUUUUUUACAUUUUUAUUCAUUAAUAUAACAAGAUUUCGAGUGAGUAUCAUUUGCGCAAGUGAACCAUGUGCACCGAAAGGCUCAUGAGAAUUUCUAAAAAUGUUUAAGAAAUCAUUAGGGAGAUAUGACCGUUAUGUAUCAUCUGGAGUCGUGAUUCUAAGAGAAUCAUUAAUGAAAAUGAAUAAAGAAACGGCGCACAAAGUAAAUUGAAAAUUUUAGACAAAGUUCUAUAGAGAUUCUAGAUUAUCAUCCUUUUAAAAUCACAAUUUUUGGUAGACUAGUCGAUACCUCGGCAUUGUAGAUCGUAAACUUCAGAACGAUUUGUGCCAUACUCUAUGGAAAUUGUUUCUGACUUCCUUGAAAUUUCAUCAUCUUAAAACGUAUAAAAGGAAUAAUUACAAAUAUUCUGUCUAUAUUGGUUGUUUUGAAUUGAAAAUAAGAUACAACUGGGGAUAAAAAUAAGUGAAAAUGUAGCGGAAGUAGGUAUCAAUGAAGUUUAAUCGAACUAGUACUAGUGUUAUAUGCAUAUAAGUUUUAUUUAUUAUAUAUGCUUAUACUAUAUAAAUUAUUUAGUAAAUUAAUUUACACUUUUCUGUAAACAAGCCAUAUUUAACGAAACUUCAUUGAUAUCUAUCUCCACUAUCUGUCCAUCUAUUUUUAUUGCCGACUGUAUGUGUAAACAUAUACAUUUUCCCCUUUAAUAUGAUUUUAUAUUAUGUUAAAUUGUUCUUAUAAUCUGCAAAUAUUACUUUGUAAAUCUUAUAUUAACUCUAUGAAAAAGAUAAAAAGGCAAAAGAAAGAAAAAAUUGAAAACAAUUUUGAAGGAUGCGCAAUAAUGUUACAAGAAAGUCACCUGCGCACAAAUGCAUGCGCAAAUGCGUUAAAAGGAUUUUAACUCGUAACAUAUGCGAGGGAAAAAUAUUAGAAUUUAAAGUUUUUCUAUAUUUUUGGGAUGUUUCAAUAAAAUUCUCGUGAUAAUUAGUUCGUUACUUGAAAUUAAGUUUAGGUACGUUUUAAAAUGACAAUUCUAAAAUGGGUUAUCUAUCGAUUUUGAAAAAGAACAUUACAUUAUAAAAACUGGCGUUGAAUAAUCGACUGGAAAUGAUCAUAAGAGUUUAAGAUGCAUAGAAAGAAACACUGUUACGACAUUUGUAAAUUAUUUAGGCAGCUGCUGUUGGUAGCGGGAGCCAUUCAUAUAUCCGACUCGAAACUUAAAGAAAUGACAAAUGAUCCUAUUGUUGUUGCUGAAAUAUAAGUUGUUAAUUAUAUGUUACCUAGAUGUU